AUGGCAUCCACACGGUGGGGCAUCAUGGGCACGGGCGCCAUCGCCAACGACUUUGCUCAAGCGCUCAAGACGACCCCCGGCGCCGUGCUCCACGCCGCCGCGUCACGAUCGCAGGCCUCUGCCGACGCCUUUGCCAAGAAGCACGGCAUCGCUCGCUCCUUCGGCAGCUACGAGGAGCUGGCGGCGGACGGCGAGGUGGAUAUAGUGUACGUGGCGACGCCGCAUGCCUUUCACAGGGACAACGUGCUCCUCUGCCUUGGGGCUGGCCGGCACGUGCUGUGCGAGAAGCCGCUCGCCGUGUCGGCAGCGCAGGUCGCCGAGUGCGUCGCCGCGGCGAGGGAGCGCAACCUCUUCCUGAUGGAGGGCAUGUGGACGAGGUUCUUCCCGGUCGCGCGGGCUAUCCGCAAGGCGGUGGCGGAGGGCGCCAUAGGCAAGGUCGUCAGCGUCAGCGCAUCGCUCGGCUUCAAGCUCGAGCCGUCGUUCAACCCGCGGCUGUACGAGCCGGCUCUCGCCGGAGGAGCACUCUUUGACGUGACGGCGCACGCGCGCCUGCUCCCGUCGGGCGUCGACCAGCAGACCUUCGCCACGCUCGAGUACGAGGGCGGCGCGAUGGCGCACCUCGAGCUCGCUGCCAAACGACGUGACCAUCGAGAGACGGGAUACAUCCGGACGGGCAGGCCGACGCAGUGCCCCGAGACGUACACGAUCGGCGACGAGCCGGACCCGAUGCUGCUGCGCGCGAGACGAGUCGAGGUCGAGGAGCCGCUCGACCCCCCCAACCCGGGCCUCGCGCCCGGGUACAACUACGUCGGCUCGCAGGGGCUCCGCUUCGAGGCGGAGGCGGUGCAGCAGGCGCUGCACGAGGGGCGGACCGAGCACCCCGAGAUGCGGCUCGACGAGUCGCUCGCGGCGGCGCGCCUCUUCGACGAGAUCCGCGCGCAGAUCGGGCUGCGGUACCCGUGGGACGAGGACCAGGGAGUAGCUCGGCUGGGCGCCAGCCACCAGUAG